AUAUCUUCUUCCGCUCCCACACCUGCCGCCUGCGCUGUCUUCACGCGUCAUAAUCCAUUCCUAAAUCCAGGUCGUUCUUCUCUUGAGCCGAGUCAAGGUUACUAGGGCAAGAAUACAUGCGACCGUCUUUCACGAUGUCGCUUCAAUAAUUUUCUCGACAGAGCCUGCGCUCUCCUUACCACGACGCGGUGGUGAACUUUUCUCUCCACGAAUCCGCCCACUUAUUGCACCCCUCGAUCCUUUUUUUGGGCUCGGUCGGCCUUGAAGCCUCUCGAUGUCUUCUCAGCAUCCCAUUCCAGCGACUCCUAGGGUCAUUUCACCCUCCCCAACUCCAUCCGAGGCCUCCGACCGGCAAGACUCCUAUUUCGCGCCGGUCACACGAUCUGCUGCCAAAGCCCAGCGACAGAGAUCCCCUCAACCGGAACCCAUCAACGAAGAAAAGAAUGGCUCGGGUUCGGAUUCCAGCGUCGAGAAACGUGCGAGGACGAGGUCGAGAAGCCCUAUUUUGUCAGCCGCAGUCCAUAUGAACGGGGCUGCAAGUACCGGCUCCAAAAAGCGGCGCAUGAGCGGCCUUACUACGAAAACACCGGUCAAAAAGUCGGAGCCUUUAAUCAACGGAUCGACUCCAUUACCACAGCCGAACGGCCACCUAUCGCCAUAUGAUCGGGUCAAGAAAUCCUGGCGAGAGUUUUCCAGAUCACCAUCGCCGUUGGGUUUGAUCCCGCUACACCGACAUUACCGAAACCUUAUACACAAGCACGAAAUACCCAGAAAACUCCUACAUGUCUCCAUAGGCUUUUUCACGCUAAGGUUUUAUGUCACCGGCAUUCAAACCACCUCGAUCACGCCCUGGUUGCUUGGAGCACUGGCGAUCAUUGCACCAACGGAUGUAUUGAGACAUCAUUCCGACCGCUUCAACAGAUUCUAUAUAAGAGUUUUGGGUGCUUUGAUGCGUGAGACCGAGGUUGACGGCUACAACGGCGUCAUUUGGUAUCUUGUUGGAGCAUAUGUCGCUUUGAAGUUCUCACCGAAAGACAUCGGAGUGGUGUCGAUUUUAUUGUUGUCGUGGUGCGAUACCGCUGCAAGCACCAUAGGGCGCCUGUAUGGCCGCUAUACGAUCCGUCUGCGACGGGGAAAAUCUCUGGCUGGCUCCAUGGCCGCUUUUUUCACUGGCGCCAUUGUCGCCGUUUUCUUCUGGGGAUACCUAGCACCACGCACGGGUCCUUUCCCUAACGACCCCGUCGACGGGUUUAUGUUCAAGGAUCGACUAUCCAUUCCAGGCGGAGUAAAGGAAUACCUUGGGUGGCAACCAAACCAGGGUGUCAUUGUUGGCAAUGCUGCUCUGGCAGUCAUGAGCGUAUGCACCGGUAUCAUUGCUAGUCUCUCAGAAUUGGUGGAUAUAUGGGGCUGGGACGACAACUUGACGAUACCGUUGUUGAGCAGUGCCGGUUUAUGGGCGUUCCUGAAAGUCUUCGGCUGAUUUAUUUGAACGACCCAUAUUCCCUACUCCGCCCUCAUAAUUUUUUCUUUCGUGUUACUCUAAAGCGUCAUGUCAUUGCAUAUCUCAUGCUAGGUGUUGGUAGAUACCAAGAAUGUUAAUAUCGGCUUUCCAACAGCAAGACUCGAA